UCUCCUCUCCCACCUCUUAAAACUGCCUAUUUCUUCUUCUUUUUGGUUUGCAAAGCUUCAUCAACAGACUUCCAUGGCGGUUCUACCAACCAACUCUUCAAGAUUGGAUCUCACCAUCUCUGUACCUGGCUUCACUUCAUUCUCAUCAUCACCACUUCCUCCAUCUGCGGUGCGAGAUUUGGACAUGAAUAGAGCGCCGGAUGAAGAGGAGUGGAUGAUGGGAAGCAUGGAGGAAGAUGAAGAAAACAACAGUGGAAGCCAUCCAAGGAAGAAGCUGCGUUUAACAAAGGAACAGUCUCAUCUUCUUGAACAAAGCUUCAGACAAAACCAUACCUUAAACCCAAAACAAAAGGAGACUCUUGCGGAAGUGCUGAAGCUGAAGCCAAGGCAGGUUGAGGUUUGGUUUCAGAACCGAAGGGCCAGGAGCAAGCUGAAGCAGACCGAGAUGGAGUGCGAGUAUCUGAAGAGAUGGUUCGGCCUAUUGACGGAGCAAAACAAGAAACUGCAGAAGGAGGUGGAGGAGCUGAGGGCGAUGAAGGUGGCGCCGCCGACGGUGAUUUCACCACACAGCUGCGAGCCGCUGCCGGCGUCGAACCUCACAAUGUGUCCACGCUGCGAGCGCGUGACCACUACCACCCUCGACAAGACCCGCAUUGUCGUUUAAGCUGGUCGGCCGCUGCCCAUUAUUGCCUUUUCUUUUCUUUCCCCCCCUCAUGCGGAAUCAUCACUCCAUCUUAAUCAAAAUAUGAUUCACUCUCUUUGUUUUAUCUUCUUUUUUUUCGGCGUUUUAAUUUUAGAUACACAUACAGUGAUAUUAAAAAUAUAUAUAAUUAUAUAGAUCCUGUCUAGUCUAUAAGGGGGUGCUUUGUUUGUG